UUGGAUUUAUACGGAAAAAUACUAGAUUAAUUAAUAACAAGGCCGCUAUAACAAAUCAUUAUUGGAUUUGAGAUAAGCAUAACUUUCAAAUGGCAAAUUAGAUUAAAAGAAAGCAAUAAGCAGGAGAAAAAUAUAGUAAAUUUUACAAAUAUAAGCCAAAAAAUUCUUAAGGUUCAACUUAUAUAAAUGUCACAUUUUGUUGUUUAACCAUUUGUAAAGCCUGUAUAAAGUAAAAACUAGCUCCAGCCGUCAAAGUCAAUUUAGCAAUUGCAUUCUAGUUCAGCCUAUUUUAGCUAAGCCAUAAACGUAGUUAUUGAAAGUGCUGUCAAAUGAAAAGUAUCUUUUGUUUAAAAUAAAUUGAUUUGGACGUACAUAAUAAAAUUAAAAAUAAAUAAAAAUAAAAGUAAAUCAAUGGGGUCUUUAACGAGUAGGCAAAGUACAACUGUCGAAGAGACCGAUUUAUCAGCUUCAUCCUACAAAUAUCCUCCGAAAACAGGAAAUUAUUUUGGAAGCCACUUUAUCAUGGGGGGAGAAAGAUUUGAUACUCCGCAGCCAGAAGCAUAUCUUUUUGGUGAAAAUGCCGAUUUAAACUUUUUGGGAGGUCGACCAACUGCAUUUCCAUAUCCUCCCCCGCAAGCAAAUGAGCCCACAAAAACAUUGAAAAGUCUUGUCAACAUUCGCAAAGAAUCAGUGCGAUUCGUUAAAUCUUCUGAAAAUAUAAUAAAAAAUGGAGAUAGUGGUGGUGGAGUUACAAUAACAAAAUCCAAUUCAUUUAAUAUAGAAUUUAUAUUUGAUUCAGACGCUAGUUGUGCUAUCACUAUAUACUAUUUUUGUACAGAAGAAAUAUCGGCAAAUAGUGUAACAUAUAUUCCAAGAGACUCUUCUUUAACAUCUGAAACUUAUCGAUACAAAAAAGGCGUCAACCAAUACUUUUCUCAACCCCUGCAUAUGUUUCAUCCAAAUUUAUAUUCCGAUGAAGAACUGUCUUAUAAAUCAGAUGCGGAUGUAUUUCCUGUAGCGAUACACUGUGUUAUUGAAGAAGGUGCUGAAGAUUCCAGACAAUCUCAUACUACAAUAUGUGUCGUAGAUCAUCAUUCUGAUGGGACAUAUGCUUUGAGAGCACUUAAGCAAAAAAUUUUUGUCGAUGGACUUAGUUACCUUCUACAAGAAAUUUAUGGUAUAGAAAACAAAACCUUGAAUAAACCAGCAAUUGAUGAAGAUACAGAUGACAAUGGAAGUGAAUGCGUUAUAUGCAUGAGCGACACAAGAGAUACCCUCAUUUUACCUUGCCGUCACUUAUGUUUAUGUAAUUCGUGUGCUGAUUCAUUAAGAUAUCAAGCAAAUAAUUGUCCAAUUUGUCGAGCUCCAUUCAGAGCUCUGCUCCAGAUAAGAGCUGUUAAAAAAGGUGUUAACAGUACCAGCCUAAUAGCUCAAAAUGCUCAAGAUACAAAUAGCGAACAUAUUCCACCAGGUUAUAUUCCGGUAUCCUUGAUUGAGGCAUUAAAUGGUCCUCCUCAAGUAUGUAGAAAUAAUUCAGUAGAUAGCGGCGACAUAUUAGAUGGUGAUACUGUACAGGGAACUGAUCUUCACAAGCUUGAAAAAAAAUCAAGUCCUAAAAGUGGUAGCCAAAAGCGAUCGAAGAAAUCAAAAGACACAUCCUCGGAGUUUCGUAUAUCAACAACAAAAUCAGUCGAAGAUAAUAUUGCCAAUGAUAAUAAUUCGGUUGGCAAAAAUUCUCCUCCACCGACAGUAAAUAAUCGGCGUUCUUCAAUCAAUAGUGAAAAAUCAUCAGGAAGAGAAAAGUCGCAUAAACGUCAAUCAAGCCGGGAAAGCUUACAAAUUAUUAAUGAACGUCAUAGUGUAAAAUUACAAUCACCAACUAGUAAAGAUGUAGAAAAUGAUAGUGAUGUUGAAAAAUUAUCACCAUUACUUUCACCAAACGAUAAAGAAAAAGAAAUUCCGCUUUCAACUUUAAAAAUCAAUGAUGUUGAAGAAUCAGUUGAUGACACAGAUCAAGAAGAUUUACCAAUUGAUGCGCAAAAGAAAAAACGAAUUCGUCCUUCACUCUCAACUGAUGGUGAUGGGUCCUUAUUGGCUGACGCUGAGGAUUCCGAUUAUUUUACUCCGGAAGAUCCUCAAACAUCUAUAUUAAGUCCGCUCUGCCCACAAAAUAAAGAAAUGGUAGACAACAAUGAUACUACUUCAGUAAAUAAUAAAACUUCAUCAACUAACAGUUCAGUAACAAAUAAUACAAUACCAUCACCAAUUAAAAAUAUUAAAGAUGUUGUCAAUUCCUUACCAGAUAGUCCUAUAAGUGGUAAUUCUGCAUCAACAAGAAGUUCUGGCGAUAGUUAUUCUUCAAGUGCAUCUACAAAACAUCUUUUGAGUUCAAAUCAACCAAAUACAGGUGUUGAAGAUAAACAGAAAACUGUUACUAUAAUGAAAGUUUAAAUAAUUUUUUGAUUCAUUUUGAAAAAAAAAAAUAUAUAGUAGAAGGAAAUUAUCUUUAACCGUUUCAUUAAAAUAAUAAUUUUAGUUAAUUGCAUAAUAUAUUAAACAAUUUAUUCUGACAGCUACAUAUUUACUUAUACAUUACAAUUAAAUAAAAUAAAAUUUUAUUGGCAAUAAUUAUUAUUAAUUAAAAUAUUAGUUGGAUAGC